AUGGCGCCCAACAACGAUGUCGAGAAGCGCGCGCUGAGCAUGCUAACUAUAUCGCAGAUAAAGUUUAGAGAGGCAAUGAAAAAAGAGGAUACCGAAGCUCGUCUACCGCCGAUCUCAGUCGAAGUCAGCUCGCAACUUUUCAGCUGCAUAGGUGCUGUUCUUCAGCAGAACACGCGUGUAAACGUCCAGAAAUGUACAGAAUGGAUUGUGGAGCACGUAGCUCCCUCCAAGUCUCGCAUCGCCAUUCUUGGCGACUAUCUGGUCGCAGUGGCCAAGUCGAUUGUAGUAGAUGAGGGCGCGUCAAAGAUUGCGAAGGGAGCAAUUCGCAAGCGCAUGGACCUUGUACAGAUUGUCAGCGACGCGCUCCACACUGACAAGUUUCAUCGCCGUGGCGCAAUGAAGGGACUUCUUUCGCAAGAAUCUUGGGGUUUCACCCUUGAGCUCAUCGAGCAUGUCGCCACAUGCAUCAAGGAGGGAGGCACAAGCUUCGAAAGGAAGCUGAAAGCACUCAUCAACUGCUGGACUGUCAACAGCCUUAUGAGCACCGAGGGACUGCAAGCCUGCCGAGAGAAGGCAAAGGAAACAUUGUUCUUGGCGCAAGGUGGCACCGUGGCCCCCAAGCGCAAGUAUCUCCUACCAGAAUACCAUGGCGACAAGACUGCCCCAUGGUACGAGCUCCCCGCCUCGUACAUGCUCGAGCCAAUGAUCAGGCACCCAAGGAGUCCUAUCGACCCGGCCCAGAUCAAGAUCCAGAAGUUCGAUAAGAAGCCCGCCAGCCCCCAUGUGCGCAACCUGCUGGACAACUACUUCGAGAAUAUCGAUCUUCAAUACAAACCGACGGGCGAUAACCCAACCGGCGAGACGACCAAGCACAGACUGUCACUGGACCCUAUUGGUCAGUUAGUCAAGCAAGACAAAAACACGGGCGAGAAGGUUAUAGUAGCGAAUGGCUACGGAUGGUCUCCGAAGUUCUGUCAAGACAUGCAGGCUCAUGGGUUUCCAGAGAGUAUCAAGAUUGCACGGGAAGACAACGAGCGUAUGGGAGAUACAGAUGCCAUCGUACCCGUACCCGUACCACGUCGCGACGGCCGAGACGAUCGUUGGCGCCAACAGACGCCUUCAGACUCACGAAGAUACAGUCGCAGUCCCAGUCGCCGUAGUUCCGUAUCCUCGUAUGACAGUCCAUCCCGUCCUAGACGUUCAAGGUCUCCUCGCGAUCGAACACGGAAUCGCGGCAUGGCCUCGCCUAGGCCUAACCAGAGGGCGCCUGAUCAGCGCGGUCAUGGUCAGGGUAACGAGAGUAGAGGACCAGGUAACAACCAGUAUCCGGCACCGCCCAGGGCAGCUCCCAGCGGACAGCAGUACACUCAGCCACCGGCUCCGCAGCCGGGCCAGUUUCAAGGACAGUUCGGCAUUCCCACUCCUCCGUUCGGCGUUCCCCCACCUCCUCCAGUGCAGUCACAAGGACGUGGUGGUUUCAUGCCGCCUCCCCCUUCUAUGAGUCACAACGUCGCAUGGCCACCUCCGCCUCCAAACAUGAAUGCGCCGCCGAACGGCCCGCAGCAUGGCAAUCAAUACGGUAACAACUUUGGCCAGGGCAAUAACGCAGGUUACGGCAACAACACUGGUUAUGGUAACCGAGGUGGCUAUGGUAACAACGGCGCAUACGGCCAGAACCGCAGCGGCUCUCCAGGUGGACGUGGUUAUCAUCGCGGGGGAUACAACAACAGGGGUGGAUGGAGGGGCAAUGGCCGUAGUAGAUAUUGA